CCUUUUCCACGCGCUGCUUCUCCUGGGGCCAGGAUGGGGUUUGGGAGCAGCUUUGGGGUCGCUCUGCUUUGCUGGGUGUUGGCUCCGGCCGCAUCCUCCGAUCCCUGGGGUUUUCCCCCGAGGAGCUCCGGGACGUGGCGGCUGCGGGGUGACUCCUCCCGGAGCCGUGUCCCCGGCGUGUCGCAGCCCUGGNUGAGGAGUGCCUGGAGCAGGGGUGGAUUUUGGGGUACGGGUAUCCUGGCCGAGGCACACACUCUGCAGAGGGUGACCCCAGACUCCCUGAUCUACAGAACCACCCUGUUCUACAAGCCCACCCGUGUUGGCAACCCCCUUAUCGUGAGGACCACCCCAGCCGAGGUCCCCAUUGAGUGUCACUACCCCAGGAGGAGCAACGUGAGCAGCGGUGCCGUGCACCCCACGUGGGCCCCGUUCCACGCCACGGCGGCGGCAGAGGAGCGGCUCCAGUUCUCCCUGCGCCUCAUGGACGAUGACUGGAGCAGAGAGAGGCUCUCCAAUGGCUUCCAGCUUGGGGACAGCCUCCGCUUCCAGGCCGAUGUCACCUCGGAGGGCCACGUGCCCCUGCGGCUCUUCGUGGAUCAGUGCGUGGCCACCGCGACCCCCGACAGGAGCUCGUCCCCCCGCUACGCCUUCAUCGACCUGGGCGGGUGUCUGGUGGACAGCAGGGCAGAGGACACCGGCUCAGCCUUCGUGUCCCCGCGGCCCCGGCUGGAGUCGCUGCGGUUCUUGGUGGACGCCUUCAAAUUCGCCGGAGACGCUGGGAAUUUGCUCUACAUCAGCUGCCACCUGCGGGUGUCCCCGGCAGCUCAAGCCCCAAAUCCCUGGAAUAAAGCCUGUUCCUUCAGCAAAGCCAGCGGCCUGUGGGCACCUUUGGAGGGCACUGCAGCCAUCUGCAGCUGCUGUGACACCGGCAGCUGUCCCUCUCCUGGAGGAGAUUCCCGGGAAUUCCGCGCUCCGGCCACGCGGAUGGGCAGGCGUGUGAGGAGGGACGGCCCUGGCCAGAGAGGUGGGCCCUCAGGGCCGACUGAGGCCGAUGUGUCCGUGGGACCCCUGCUAAUCCUGGAGCCAGCUCAGGGAUUAAUGAGCCCCUCUGGAAGUCCAGGACCAGCUGGGAACACCCACCAGGGUGCUGCUGGUGGAAUUCCUGUGGUGAUCCAGGGGCUCCUGCUGACGGCAGCCACUCUGCUGAGCCUGACUGCCCUGGGAAUGCUCCUGGCAAUGUGCAGGAAAAGGCUCUGUCCUCUGGGAAUGUCCCAGUGAUCCCAAUCCAAAUAAAGAGUGAAGCAUUUCUGUCA